AUGGGGAAGGUGCUAUCCAAGAUCUUCGGGAACAAGGAGAUGCGGAUCCUCAUGCUGGGCCUGGACGCGGCCGGCAAGACCACGAUCCUGUAUAAGUUGAAGCUGGGCCAGUCGGUGACCACCAUCCCCACCGUGGGUUUCAACGUGGAGACGGUGACUUACAAAAACGUCAAGUUCAACGUGUGGGAUGUGGGCGGCCAGGACAAGAUCCGGCCGCUCUGGCGGCAUUACUACACCGGGACCCAGGGCCUGAUCUUCGUGGUGGACUGUGCCGACCGCGACCGCAUCGACGAGGCCCGCCAGGAGCUGCACCGCAUUAUCAAUGACCGGGAGAUGAGGGACGCCAUAAUCCUCAUCUUCGCCAACAAGCAGGACCUGCCCGAUGCCAUGAAACCCCACGAGAUCCAGGAGAAACUGGGCCUGACCCGGAUUCGGGACAGGAACUGGUAUGUGCAGCCCUCCUGUGCCACCACGGGGGACGGACUCUAUGAGGGGCUCACAUGGUUAACCUCUAACUACAAAUCCUAA